CUCCGCAGUCAGACUGGUGUUGAUUGGUUCAUGGACAGGUCUGCUCUGUAGCAGCUGCCGUCAUCCCAGACGUGCUGUGGAUGCUGACUGCUGGCUGAUCUCUCACUCUCCUGGUGCUAAUGGACUGCGGUCUUCAUCGGCUCUGCUUGGAUACAUCAGACAGAUGGACGCUGAGGAUCCGGGGCUGAGAUAAGCCUUCUGUGUCUCCGCCGAGCUGCUGCAGCGCCGCGCACGCAGGAAAAGACGUGGGCACUGUAGCCGAAAACACAGCAAUACAGGGAAUUCACAUUUUAUUUGACCAGCGAGGCGUGCUUCCGGAAAGGUUUGCCUUUUUUUUUUUCGCACAACACCUCCUCGAUAAUGGUCCCGACGCUGCUCUCUAUGGGUGAUGUGAGCUGAACUAGCGGGGAAGCCGCAGAGGAGCUGUCCGUCUGUCGAGGUGCUGAUGCGGCUGUGACAAACGAGCAUGGCUGCCGGAAAGUUAUUGCUCUACGCCGGGCUCUCUCUUUCUCUUUGCGCCCUGGGCAUGCUGGCCGUGGCGAUGUGCUCUGAUCAUUGGUACGAGACAGACGCCAGGAGGUACAGGGAGCGGUGCAGAAGCUUUUCUAGCCGCCGCAAGGACCCUGGCUUCAUCUACAUCCCCAACAACAGCCUGCCGCUGCGCGGCAGCCGGAGCACACCUGCCAAAAAAAAGCUGCGGGCCCGGAACCGGCGGCAGCUGUUUGCCAUGAGCGCUGCGGAUGAGUGCAGCAGGCAGUAUAACUCGACCAACAUGGGGCUGUGGAGGAAAUGCCAUCGGCUUGGUUUCGACCAAGAAAUCGAAGAUCUCAUCCGGAAAGGCUCCAUUGCAAGGUGCUCCUACAUCAAGUAUCACUACUCCUCAGCUACAAUACCCAAAAACCUCUCAUACAACAUCACCAAGACCAUAAGGCAGGACGAGUGGCACUCCCUACACUUGCGGCGAAUGACAGCAGGCUUCAUGGGCAUGGCUGUGGCCAUCAUCCUGUUUGGCUGGAUAAUCGGUGUGCUCGGCUGCUGCUGGGAUCGAGGCCUCAUGCAAUAUGUGGCCGGUCUCCUCUUCCUCAUGGGAGGAACCUUCUGCAUUAUCUCUCUCUGUACCUGUGUUGCUGGUAUCAACUUUGAGCUUUCCCGUUACCCACGGUAUCUGUAUGGCCUGCCUGAUGACAUUGGCCAUGGCUAUGGCUGGUCCAUGUUCUGUGCCUGGGGAGGCCUUGGCCUGACCCUCAUUGCCGGCUUCUUCUGCACCCUGGCUCCUUCCAUCCAGCCAAUACCCCGAUCUACCUGCCCCAAGUCCCGACAGGAGAAUGGCACUGUCUGCUAAAGCUGGCAGCUGUGAGAAGACCAACUUACCCAACCCAAAAAACAACAAACAGAAAAAACUGUUCCAUCUGUUCAUCUGUUCACUUAUCUCCAGUCUCUCUUGGCUCCAUUUUUUUAUGUGUGUGUGUGUUUAAAAUGGGUGUCUUGAUGAUCUGCUAUCUUGAAAAUAACAGAAAAAAAACUAAACUAAAGAAAUGUUAUCAAAAAUUUGAAGUUGUGUUUGUUUUGUUUUGUGGAACAGACACUUAAAUGGAGAAAUGGUUGCAAAGGAGACACUGAGAGACAAAUUUUUGGCUAGCGAGUGGGUGUGGAAAAAGUGUUCAACCUAAGAACUGCUUAUAUCUUAUAGGUUAUUAAGUGGCCUACUGUGAUUGUGGUGAACUGAAUGAAUCACCAGUACUGGAGGGAAACAAUGAUAUUACUAAGAUUAAAUAAAGAUCUUUUUGAAGUUACUUUUCUGAACUCGCCCUCCAGGAGCAUCAAAGAAUGGGCCAGACGUGAAACUGUGGGAUUAUGUUAGUGGCCAUCUGAUGACUUUAAAUCAUCUAACUUCUGAGGUCCCUCCAGUUAUUUGAGAGACACAUGGGCAGCAAGGAGAUCCAGGACCUCCACUGUUGUACAUUAUUGUACAGAGUAAUGCAAACAAAUGACAACCGUGAACUCUCAUGUCAGAUCAUUUUCAUUUAUGUCUGGUUGCAUUCCAUUAUGUCUGUUGAUCCAAUAAGCCAUUUAGCAUUUUAUACAUGUAUUCCUCUUUUAUUCAAAGUGUAUUUUCCUUUUUACUGAACCUUCAUAUUGUGAACAAACUACUGACUGAGCAUACGUUCAGAGCAAAUGUUUAAUUUUUUUCCAUUCUAGUCAAAGAGGGAAAUAUGAGUGUAUGAGUGUGGGUAUGUGUAGGAAGGGGUUGUUUUGCAGUUUCUAAAGGAAAAAGUUGUAAAAGUUAUUGUAAUGACAAAAUGGAGUCCUGCCUUAGGGAUGUAUAAAGUCAGGAGCCUUGAUGAACAGAAAGACAUAAUGGCAACAUGCAGUGUCCUGUUUACUCUGAAUGACUUAUGCCUUGGCAAUUCCCAGCAGA